AUGGAAGUUUUGUUUAGCCUAUGGACAGCAGUGAUUAUAGGAAUAAUACCCUUAGCAGGGUGGUUGCUGUGGUGGUGGAACGAUAUCUGGUACGCUGUAGCGUAUGCUGGCGGCACGAAGCUCCCUCCAGGCCACAUGGGACUUCCAUUCUUUGGAGAGAUGCUGUCUUUUCUAUGGUACUUCAAGAUUGUUCGUCAACCAGAUGAGUACAUAAAUAUUAAACGUCGCAAGUAUGGUGAUGGAGUAGGACUCUACAAAACCCACCUCUUUGGUUCACCGUCCAUCGUAGUUUACUCUCCAAUGGCCAACAAAUUUGUACUCCAAGAGCCUACUUUUUCACCAGGAUGGCCUUCUUCGAAACUUAUGGGAACCACUAGCCUUUUAGCAAUGGAAGGAGAUGCUCAUAAUAGGAUGAGAAGCUUUGUUGUAAGGGCUGUCAAUCACCCUGAUGCUCUACAUAGGAUCACCCUCACGAUCCAACCCCGUUUAAGGGCUGCCCUUGAGUCUUGGGUACAAAGCGGUAGAAUCGUCGUAUUUAACGAAGUAAAGAAGGUAACAUUCGAAAACACUGGCAAAUAUUUUGCCAGCUUUGAGCCUGGCCCUCUUUUGGAUACACUAAUUGAGUUGUUUUAUGGAAUGUUGGACGGCAUAAGAGCUUAUCCUAUUAAUUUACCUGGAACUGCUUAUCAUCAUGCUCUCCAGUGUCGUUGGAAAGCCAUUGAAAUUUUUAGAGAAGAAUUGGAGAAGCGGAAGAAGUUCAAUGGUACAAACGACAAAGAUGACCUAAUGGGUGAGCUGAUGCAACUGAAAGAUGAGGAGGGGAAACCAUUGCGUGACAUCGAGGUUCUUGAUAACAUUGCCGGCCUUAUUAUAGCAGGCUUUGAAUCGAUUUCUCUUGCCAUUACGUGGGGUUUCUAUUAUCUUGCCAAGUACCCCGAAGUUCUCAAAAAGCUUCGGGAAGAGCACUUGCCAAUUAGCAAGAAACUGAAUGGAGAUUUCAUUACUUAUGAUGACGUCUCAUCAUGCAAGUAUACGAAUAAGGUGGUCGAAGAAAUAAUUAGAUUGGCCAACAUUUCAGCCUGUAUUUUUCGAAUUGCUAGCAAAGAUAUCGACUAUAAAGGUUAUAAAAUUCCGAAAGGUUGGAAGGUAAUCAGCUGGAUUCGAUACCUUCAUACAAAUCCAGAAAAUUUUGAUGAUCCGAUGUGUUUUAAUCCGGAUAGAUGGAACGAGCCACCAAAGAUGGGAACAUAUUUAGUUUUUGGAGGAGGACCAAGAAUCUGUGCAGGAAGCAAGCUGGCUCGACUACAAGUCGCAGUUUUAAUUCAUCAUCUGGUUGUUGGAUACAGAUGGGAGCUCGUGAAUCCUGAAGCAGAAAUUACUUAUCUCUCGCAUCCAAAGCCAGCAGAUGGGGUUGAGAUCAAUAUCAGCAAAAUUUAA